AUGGCGGCGGCGCUGGGUAAUGGUACCGGGCCGGGGGCGGGACCGGGAGCCGCCGCCCCUCCCGCCGGGGAACGGGCGCUCGGGAGCGGGCGGGGCGCGCGCCCGGGGGAGCGCCACUGGCUCCGCGCCGCCGCCUCCUCCCCCCGGCCCUGCCCCGCCUCACCUCACAUCACCCCGUGCCUCCCCUGCGGCCGCCCCCCCUUCCCUCCCGCGCCUCGGGCUCUCCCUGUCCCGCCGCUUCCCCCGCGCUGCUGCGGCCCCGUCCGCGCGCUCGGGGCCCGCCAGCCGCGGAUGGAUGCUCCGCAGAGUCCCUUGGGUUGUCCCCGCUGUGCCACCCCCGCACCGCUUGUCCCCGAGUUCCCAGCGCUGCCCCGGCCGUGCGGCACCCGUGGCUGCCGGCCCGUGUUCACACCCGGAGCUCCCGGGCCCUUCCUCGGCCGCCCUGCGGCCGCGAGCCCCCGGCGGUGUCCCGCAGGCUCGGCCUGCCCUGCGCCCCCGGCCCGGGCUGCUGCCGCUGCUCUCAGCCGGCUUCUGCUCCCCAGCACAAGCGGCGCCUGCCCCGCAGGGAUAGGGGUGCUGAUGGUAAAGGAUGCAGGGGUUCAGAAGAGAGCUGUUAACGUCCCAAGUCUGCUCUCGGUGGAGGCUAUGAUAUAUGUCCCGUCAUAUCACAAACUUGUAGCAUAUAGUUCUGUUUUCUCUUGUAUUUAG